UCGUCACUAACAUUAGAGAGAAGCGAGGAUUUAAGAAAAGAAUUUAAAAUGGCUGCUUUUAAAACCAUACUUCUGGUUUUUGCCAUCUUGGUUCCAACUACAAUAAUAUUGGCACAGGAAUCUAGUUCGGCGGCAGCUCAAUCUUCAGAGGGUACUGAGGUUUCAUCAUCAUCUGCAUCAUCGGCGGCUUCAAGUGGCGAUUCGUCCACAACCAAAGCGGCGGCAUCAUCGGCCUCCGGACUGUUUGGAAGUUUUCCUUUUGGCAACUUUAAGUUCCCUGACUUCUUUGGUGGUGCUUCACGUCCAAAGAGGUCUCCUGCUAAAGGACGUCGCACCCGAUGUAAUUUUAGACGGCAGGGUAGAUGGAUGUGCACAUCAUGCAACUCGAUUCGCCUUUGCAACCGCAAUAAUAACGGCAGAGACGUAACUUGCAGCGGUGACAGACCAUACUGCAGAUAUGGUAAAUGUUCAAAAAGGAAAGGCAGGCUCUGCAGGAGAGGUUCUUCAAGUACAAGUUCUCCUAGCGGAUCGUCGACUUCUUCUGGAAGUGGUACUUCAAGUGGUUCUGGGGGCUCAUCCAGUGGGUCAGGAUCAUCUACUUCAUCAGGAUCGUCAACAUCGUCAGGGUCGUCGGGAUCAUCGAGCUCUUCAGGAUCGUCCAGUUCAUCUAGCUCAUCCAGUACGACGGAAUCAGAUGACUCCGAUUCCUCAGACUCUUCCGAUUCUUCAGAUUCGUCAAGCAGUACUUCAUCUAGUACAUCAUCGGGCACCUCAUCUGGUUCAUCAUCUUCUAGCUCUUCUUCUUCUUCUUCAACUUCAUCCAGCACCACUGAAUCUGAUGAAGAUUACUGAAAAAAAGAACGUUCUAUAAAUAACUGAAUGUCCAGACAUUCAUCUCUCUUCUCUCUCUCUCGAUACUAUAAAUCAAAAUAGUUAUGUAUCUGUGUAUUACUUGAAAUUAUAAAUUUAUUUAAAAGACUAUGAUUGUUCAAAAAAAACGAAGUCUAAUUUAACAAAACACGGAUUUCAUGUUUAUAUUCAGUUUGAUAUUUUUGUUAUCCGAUUUAGGUGUUUACGAAGUUUGACAACUUUACCUUUCGGUUUUUCUCCAAUAAAAUAUUAUACAUGAAUUAUGAAAUUAUUUGAAGCCUUAAAUACGAAAAUUAAAUUACGGCAUCAAGAAAUACUGCCAUCAACAAUAAAUAUAGUAAAAAC